AUGUUAGAGCAUUUUCUGCACAUUUUUAACAAAGAAACGAAAUGCCUUGUUCAAUAUUUUAAAGGAAACUGUGAUAAACCGUACAUCGAUGUAAGGGAUCCAAUUACGAGAUUUACUUUAUUUUCGAUAGGAGAAACAGCAUUUGGUCAAAAUUUUCAAAAAGAUACUAAACGUGAGGACUACCUUAAUGCUAUCCAUUACUACGGGGAGGCUUUUGUAUACAGAAUAGCCCGGCCUUGGUUUCUAAUACCAUGGUUGUAUAAACUGAGUCCUUCUGGUAAAAGAUAUCAAAAGGUUUUAAAAGUUCUCAACGAUUUUUCUUCAAGUGUGAUUAGUCAAAGAAUUGCUCCAACUAUUUCUAGAGUGGUAGGGGAAGAUAUAACAACAAGUUCCGGAUAUACUAUACCAAAGGGAUGCAACAUACGUAUUAAUAUUUAUGAUUUGCAUCAUCGACCAGAAUAUUGGGAGAAUCCCGAAAAGUUUGAUGCGGAUAGAUUUUUAUUCGAGAAUGUUUCAAAAAGGCAUCCGUAUUCGUAUAUACCUUUUAGUGCUGGAGAUAGAAAUUGCAUAGGACAGAAAUAUGGCAAAUUGGAAAUGAAGGCUGCACUUUAUGGAAUUUUAAGAAGCUUCAGAAUGGAAGCCAUUACCAAACCAGCUGAUAUGCGGCACAAAGGGGAUAUCGUAUUAAGACCUGCUUGUGAAAUGAGAAUUAAGUUUAUACCAAGGGAUUAA